AUGAGUGUUCUUCUCGAUUCAAGUUACCAGGCCGUCCUGGUCUAUGUCCUCGGACUCUUUUGUGGCGUCGCCGUUCACUUCGGCAUUUUCAUUCACGGAGAAUGGCAUGUACAGGCUCCUCAGAUUGCUCUGGGUCACUUCUGGCUGUUCUCUUGUUUCGCGGCUCUCAGCCGUUACUACAAGGGCUCAGUUGUUGGUGAUCUAUGUCACUCUCUCUUGAUACUAUCCGCUGGUUACCUGCCUGGACUUUUUACCAGUAUCAUCCUCUACAGAUCCUACUUCCAUCGUUUGUCAACUGCUGGCUUCAAAGGACCAUGGUACGCCCGAGUCACCAAGCUGUGGCACGUCUGGGCCUGCAGAGGCUGCAAGAAUCAUCUGCUCUUGGAGAAUUUACACGAGCAGUAUGGCGACUUUGUGAGGACAGGGCCCAGUGAAAUCACUGUUUUCCACCCAGGAGUCUUCAUGGCUGUAGAUGGUCCCCGGUCUGAAUGCAUCAAGUCUGAGUGGUACGACAUUCUGCACCCCGAUCGUGCGCUUGUGACAACACGCAUCAAGCCCAUUCAUGCUGCCAGACGGCGUGAAUGGAACCGUGGAUUCUCGGCACAAGGUAUUUACCCCAUAGAUCUUCGGAAUCAUGAGCCUAUCUCUAACAAGCCGUACCGCACAACAGCCCUUGUUCAACACGAGUCAAAGAUUCUCAAGUAUAUUGAGCAGCUGGACGUCUGCAUCGAGGCGGAUGCCAAAUCGCACGUUGCUUCGGAAGUGCGGAACCUGUUCUUUUGGUUCGGGUUCGAUGUCAUGGGAGACUUUGUCUUUAGCAAGUCGUUUGAUAUGCUGCACCAGCAGCAGUGGCACCACAUUAUCGUGCGGCUGCAGCGUGCUCUCUCGCUGCUCGGACCGUUCAGCCCUGCUCCAUGGCUCAUCCAGGUCGGCUUCAAGCUGGGACCGCGAAUCAGCGUUCUCAAGGACUGGUUCGACAUGGUCGCCUGGUGUGAGCAACAGAUGCGUGUUAGACUUGAUGAAGGAACUCCUAAGCCAGCCAUUCCUGAUCUCGCCUACUACUUGAUGGAGCUGAACGACGGCCAGACUGAGCUCAAGGAUCGUUUGCCAUGGCUUUAUGGCGACAGCUUGCUCGCAAUUCCGACGGCUGCUGCCUUGAUUGGUAUCUUCUGCGAGUUGGCUAAGCACCCUGAGCACGCCGAGAAGGUCUAUGAAGAAUUGAGAGACGUCGAUGCUACCAACCUCAAGACUCUCACGAGCCUCUCGCACCUCAAUGCUGUCAUCAACGAAGGUCUCCGCUUGUACCCAGCCCUUCUCACCGGCGGGGCCAGGAAGACGACGGAGAACGGGGCCACGAUCGGUGGGACAUUCAUCCCGCCCGACACGACAAUCAUUGCCCCGCGUCACGUUAUAUCCCGAAGGGAGGACUGCUUCGAGCGCGCCAACGAGUUCAUCCCUGAGCGAUGGAGUACGCGGCCAGAGAUGAUCCGCAAUGUUGCAGCUUUUGCGCCAUUUGGAACAGGUCACCACAGCUGUCUUGGCCGUUUCCUGGCCACCGACACUAUGAGAUUUGUUGUUGCCAGACUUGUGAAGAAGUACCAUUUCCGCCUCGCACCAGGAGAGACGGGCAACCGAGUCUUUGACGACGUGAGGGAUCAGUUCACCUCUAAUCCGGGUCCCCUGUCGCUGUGUUUCGAGUUGAGGUGA